CUCUUUUCCCUCUUUCCCGUUAAUGCUUCACACUCCAGUCCAGUUGGUGGCGGUAAUACACCAUAAGUUGGCUUGUCAACCGCCAUUAAAUCGUACAAGAAGAAGAAUAAGACGUCGCCGCGAUAUCAUUCACAGCAUGGCUACGUUCAGUUUCACAAGGUGCUUAGUAAGGUCUUACUUUUGCGUUAAAUGUGUAGAUCAUGUGCAAACGCGUUUGCAGACUACUACGCGAAUGUUCUGUGUAUCAGCAUCACGCAGCACUCAGUUCACAGAUACAGAGGUUCAAGAUAUUCUGACCAAAAUCACAGGUCUGGACCUGAAGAAAGUGUUCCAACCCAUAAGACAGCAGCUAACGCCACCUAAAUACAAGCUUAUGACAGACACAGAAUUAGAGGAGGCAGUGCGUAAGGCAGAGGAAGAGGCGAAACAUCUGCUGAAGAUGCCACCGGUCCUGCCUGAGAGGAAGCCUGUAAAUGAUGUGCUCUCUGAAGAUCAGAUGCUAGAAGGCAUGGACACUGCUAAAUACGUCUUCACCGACAUCAACUUUAACGUCCCGCAUCGAGAAAGAUUUAUAGUUGUGCGAGAGCCCAGUGGAACCCUAAGAAAAGCAACAUGGAAUGAGAGAGAUAGGAUAAUACAAGUUUAUUUCCCCAAAGAGGGUCGCAAGAUCACACCACCACCCAUUUUUAAGGAAGAAAACCUUAGGGUGGUCUUUGAACAGGAUAGACACGAAGAUGUGCUAAACCAAUGCGUUGUCCAAUUUGAGCCAGACUCUGCAGAAUUUAAGAAUGUGCUCAUGCUGACCUAUGAGGACAUUGAAAAGCAUGGGAAAUACGAUCUGCUCAGAUCUACACGGUUCUUCGGUGGUUUGGCCUGGCAUCUGGUUAAUGGCCGGCGAAUCGAUGGCCUUCUUGUGGACAUGUUGCAGAGAGACCUAAUGCAGGAUGCGGUGAGGUUGGUGCGUCUGUUUAACUUGGUUCAUCCUCAGAGUGAGUCUGCACAGCAUGCUCAAAGACAACAGGCCACUGACCUGGACCUGCUCAAGAUAUAUGCCCAGUAUGAGUCAAACAGAGCAGGAUUCAUCGAGUUGGCGGUGCAAACCCAUGAACAGACCAAAGCACUGAGCUCUUUUUAAAUACAUUGAAGUGUUAAAACACUGGAAGUACUGUCAUGUAGUUCAAAUGUUGACGUCAAGUUUUGAAAUAUGUAGUCAUUCUGUACAUAAUAAAGAA